AUGGCUUCUAAUCCUCCAGGUGCUUGUUGCUUCCAAGGUUUUAAACACGAAGGUACUCCAGUUGGUAAGUACGAAGAGCUUUUUGGCUUGGAGACUUAUGUUACCGGCAGCUCCAAAGAAAACAAAUAUAUUGUUAUUUUAGGGGAUGUUUUUGGAAUUAAAUUAGCUAAUUGCUUAUUGAUUGCCGACCAAUUGGCUCAAAGUGGAUACACUGUUCUAUAUCCUGAUAUUUUGAAUGGCGAUAUUGUUGAUAUAGACAAUAAGGCCUCAGUUGAUUUUGCAGCUUGGAUAGCUAAACACGAUGUUUCGAUUACCAAGCCAAUCGUUGAUUCUUUUAUGAGUAAAGUUAAAGAAACUUAUAAGCCCAAGUUUUUGGGUGUUAUUGGCUAUUGUUUCGGUGCUAAGUAUGUUAUUCAACAAUUGAACAAGGAGACUGGUUUAGCUGAUUGUGGUGCUAUUGCACAUCCAUCGUUUGUUACUAUGGAUGAAGUUGCUGUUAUUGAUAAGCCAUUGUUGAUUUCUGCUGCUGAAAAUGAUCAUAUUUUCCCCAGCAACUUAAGACAUGAUACUGAGGACAAAUUAAAGGAACUCGGUGUCAGAUAUCAAAUUGACUUGUUUGGUGGGGUAAGUCACGGUUUUGCUGCUAGAGGUGAUCCAAAUGAUCCUGUUGUUAAGUAUGCCAAAGAAAAGGCUUUAUUGGACCAAAUUUAUUGGUUUAACUAUUUUAGUGGUAUUACUGCUACAAAAGAUUCAACUGGUUGUGGUUCUUGUGAAUGCAAGAAAUAG